AUGACAAGGCCUCAACCUAGAGGUGCUCAGGUACCACGCGCCGAUGUUGGUGUAGUAAAGAGCCGGUCGAAUGAGCCCUACAACGUCGCACCCGAAAUCCCGACUAGGAGCCGAUCUCCCCAACCCAGAAAAGUAGAACGUAGCCAGCAUCUUGUUCCCCGAUUACCACAAGUUCUACAUGAGGGCUACAGUCCGGAGUUAGCCGAACCAGACAGAAAUUGCCAUCGCCGCCUUUCUAAACGAUUAUCAAGCGACGAAGAGGACGAGGAACUAUCUCCCAAGCGCCACAGGAAAACCCAGCUGCACAAGCUGGACGACGUGCAAACGCGUGCUCUUGAGAAACCGGGACCGAGAACAGAGCCACAACCCAGAAGAUCAACCACAAGAGAGUUUGACGAGGAGCAGGACUCCGCUAAUACCAGCCGUACAUCUAUUGCGCCUUGUAUCUUCUCCGAAGGCGAGGAUCUUGGGGUGACUCAGACAACCGUUGAAGCUUCUUCGCAGCAAUCCAAACAUGCCUUGCGACCCAGUUUAAAGAUUCCUUUAAAGAGCGAGCCGAACUCUGAUGAGGCCUGGGCCUUGGUCCAGGAAUGUCCUCCCGAUUCCGAUAAAGGCCAUUCAAGGAAGACCUCAAGUGACAUCUUUUCCAGCUUUCCGGAAGGCUUUGUUGCUGAGUCAGAGCCGAGCAAACCAAAGCCAAGGCCCAAUACCGCUCACCAAGCCGUUAAAGAUCGUCUCGACAUGGUUUGGCCUCGCCUACCGGAAUGGCUUCAUUCCGCUCCACUUGCUAUCGCCUGGGAAGUGACGCGUAUUGCAUUACACUGCAACAUUGACCUUGGUGACGUUGAAGGCUUGGUUUAUAAACAAAGCUGGAACGACCCCAACACGCUCCGGUCUGACUUGCACAAGCACCCUCUAUUUCAGAAAGAUAAAAACGAUAAAAACGAUAAGACCUUUCCAGAGCAGUGCUCUGUAGAUGCUUGGAAUGCUGCACUUGAAAAUUUUGAUAAAAUCGUCCUCGCUGCUGAACUGGAGCCUAACCCUGCCACAACUGGGGCCUUCUUCAUUUUGAAGCUCAAGGCAUUGUCAAUAGAACCGUCUCACCGUCUAAGUAGACGAUUUGGCGCGGAUCGUUUUCUCGAGGUCUUGUACCCAUCGCACGCCUCAUCCAUCAAGGAUCCCGCAUUGCGGGCAAUCUUGAACAAUUGGUUAAGUCGUGGCAGCCACAGCUUUGUCGGCCGUAAAUGGGCAGCGUUUUUCACAAAGGAUGGCGGAUAUAGACGACCUGCCAGGGAGGACCGCCUUGGAAUCGACCUGACGCCGGUUUCUCAGAAUCGCAUUUACUUCUUCGCCGAGGAUGGGAUUCGUUUUCAGCCACCCCGACAUGAUCUAAAUGCGUCGUUUUCUGGUAAUUCUUUGACCCGGACGGCUCUCCCAGUCCAUAAAAUGCUAAAUUGGCUCUUGGAGCUCCAUCUUGGUCAAAACCAGCGCCAGCCAUGGCCCAAGCUGUUUUCACGCAUACAACUAGGCCUGAGCAGAACUGAACCAGCUGUGGUUUUUGGAACCUCAGAAAUCUGCGCUGAAGAAAAUGACCUCAUGUCCCCGACUGGCAAAGUCAUGAAUGACGGUAUUGGCCUGAUGUCCCAACGUGUUGCUCGAGAAAUCCAAGGAUUUUUUGGCAUUCAAGAUUUACCCUGUGCCGUCCAAGGUAGGCUUGGGAGCGCCAAAGGCAUGUGGAUAAUUGAUCCAUUUGACCAGUCCGACAAGAGGUGGAUUAAAACCUACCCUUCGCAACGAAAAUGGGUGUGCACGUUUGAUGAGGACCCGCAUUACCGCACGCUGGAGAUCAAAACGUAUGCAAAACCGCUUCGGUCCGCCAGCCUGAAUCUCCAAUUCUUGCCAGUCCUCCACGAUCGCUGUAAAAAUAAGCAUGGGAUGCAGGAUUCCAUUGGCGACCUGCUCAGGACAAGUCUCCGCGCUGAAUUGAAAAGCAUGCAGGUUGCUCUCCGUUCGCCCCAACAGUUUCUCCAAUGGGUUCACGAGAACUCUAGUCGUGGUCAGGGUCUAGGUAGCACCACUUUCGAAGUCCCUCGUCUUGGCGGCUUGCCCGAACGUGACGAGGACGUCAUGGCUGAGAUGAUCCGAGCUGGAUUUGACCCCAGAGAACAGAAAUACCUCCAGGACAUUGUCUGGAGGACCCAAAAACAAAAAUGUGAAACCCUCAGAGAGAAGCUCAACAUUAAAGUUGGGAUGUCGACGUAUGCUUUAAUGGUUGUCGACUUUUGGGGCGUGGUACCUGAAGGCGAGGUGCAUUUGUGCUUCUCUGAGAAAUUCACCUGCGAUGGCUUUUCUGGUACUUUGCUCAGCGACCAAGAAGUUUUGGUUGCUCGAUCGCCAGCACAUUACAUUAGCGAUAUCCAAAAGGUCAAAGCAGUCUUUAGGCCUGAGUUGAAGGAUCUCAAGGAUGUGGUCGUAUUUUCCAGAAACGGGAACGUUGCGCUUGCAGACAAGUUGUCCGGUGGUGAUUACGACGGAGAUAUCGCCUGGGUUUGCUGGGAUCGUAGAAUUGUUGACAAUUUUCAGAAUGCCGCAGUCCCCAAGACUCCUGAUCUGUUCCAACAGGGUUAUCUGAGUAAGAUUCCUGGAACCAUGUCAGACCUGGUACGAGACUUGGGGCUGGAAAAAGGUACGGGUGAGAUGAUUGCGCGGGGCCUCGAGUUCAACAUGCGACAAAACUUCUUGGGCAUCUGCACCAACUUCAAGGAGAGGCUUUGCUACAAGCGGAAGAAUGUCAACGACCCCGUGGCAAUUUUACUCAGCACUCUGGUGAGCAACCUAGUCGACCAGGGCAAGCAAGGCAUUGUGUUUGAUGAGGCAUCAUGGAAAAGGCUUAAAGAUGAGCUCCAUCCCAAACAUGAUUCUCUCGAGUCCCCGCCAUACAAGGAGAAUACAUGGAGAUGGAACAGCAGGCUCCCGGAGCAUAUAAUUGACCACCUGAAGUUUACUGUUGCCAAACCACUAAUCGACGAGGAGCUUGGAGGUUUCGACAAAUCGCUUCAAAACAAGUCGGGUGAGAAAGCGAAUUGUUGGGAUACGGAUCUGGUGGCCGUAUACAAGCAUUGGGACGGGCUGAAAUCGUCCUCGGUGGGAAUGCUGCUUAAAGCGCUCAAGUCGGAUAUAGACAAGGUAGCGGAAAGCUGGAAGAAGAGGAUGGCCGGCGACCGGCCAAAAGGCGAAUACCGGACGAAUAUCAAUAAGGUAUAUGGCGAAUGGCUUGCUAUCAAGCCCGCUAUUCAUUUGCACAAAUCUCUGCAGGACUCUAAAACGGUCGCGAUGUUAAUGCAAUCAUACCUGCACCCGGAACAGACCAAUUGGGCUCUUCUCAAAGCCUCUAUGACGUUCAAGUACUACAUUAACAAGAACGCAUCUUUCGUAUGGAAAAUUGCUGGGACUCAGUUGAUGUUGAUCAAAGCUACGACCGCAGGGCGACAAUUGGCUCCUGUCACCCAAGAACUGAUCCCUUUCCUCAGACCAGACAAGAAGAUGAUUGAUCGCUUCGCUGCUGUGCGGGAGGACACCGAACCGCUUGAUGAGAGUAGUAAUGCCGGGACGGAAUAUGACGGGGACGAUUUAUUCGAGGGAGAGUCUUAUUAUUGA